GUGUGUGUGUGUGCGCGUGUGUGUUUAGUUAGCUGGCACGCAACACUUCCCUAGGGUUGUGUUUCCUUUUCCUGAGAUUUGGCGAAGGGUAAAGGGUCGAAGUCACAUGGAUACAGGCAUUUGAUUAAUGUCCAAGUCACCGCUGUGGCUGUCGGAGCCGCCUCCUCUCCAGCCCCAGCGGAGUGAGGCCGGAGCAGCGAGGCCGGCAAGCUGGUCCGGGCAGGGAGACCUUUCUCCCGGGAGGUUCCCGUGCAAAGCCCCGUGCCUCCCGACGCCCGAGUUCCCGCCGGAGCACCCUCCUGUUCCUCCGUCCCAGCCUCUCCGCAGCAUGUAAAGUCGCCCGUCCCUGCUCGGACUCUGCGGAAGCAGCAACUUUUCUUUCUCGCGGCCCCGGGGCCAGGCAUCAGCCGGCGGGCGAGCGCGCAGCAGAGCCAACCAGCCCGCGUCUCACCGCCCACCAUGAGCGAGGAGAGCGCCAAGGACCUGGAGAAACAGCUUCGCCUGCGCGUCUGCGUGCUCAGCGAGCUCCAGAAGACCGAGCGGGACUACGUGGGCACGCUGGAGUUCCUGGUGUCGGCAUUUUUACACCGAAUGAACCAGUGUGCAGCAUCAAAAGUUGACAAAAAUGUAACAGAGGAGACAGUGAAGAUACUGUUCUCAAACAUUGAAGAUAUUCUUGCAGUACAUAAAGAAUUCUUAAAAGUUGUGGAAGAAUGCUUGGACCCUGAACCUAAUGCUCAACAAGAAGUGGGAACCUGCUUUCUUCACUUUAAAGACAAGUUUCGUAUCUAUGAUGAAUAUUGUAGUAACCAUGAGAAGGCACAGAAAUUGCUUCUGGAACUUAACAAAAUAAGAACAAUCCGGACAUUUCUUUUGAACUGCAUGCUACUUGGCGGAAGAAAGAACACAGAUGUUCCCCUGGAAGGAUAUUUAGUAACACCAAUUCAAAGAAUAUGCAAGUACCCUCUUCUUCUGAAGGAGUUGCUGAAGCGGACUCCAAGGAAACACAGCGACUACGCAGCCGUGAUGGAAGCACUCCAAGCCAUGAAAGCUGUCUGUUCCAACAUCAACGAAGCCAAGAGACAGAUGGAAAAAUUAGAAGUUUUAGAGGAAUGGCAAUCUCACAUUGAAGGCUGGGAGGGGUCCAACAUCACUGACACCUGCACUGAAAUGCUAAUGUGUGGAAUCCUACUGAAAAUUUCUUCUGGAAAUAUUCAAGAACGGGUGUUUUUCCUUUUUGACAACCUUUUGGUGUAUUGCAAAAGAAAACACAGACGGUUGAAGAAUAGCAAAGCAUCUACAGAUGGCCACAGGUACCUCUUUCGUGGUCGCAUCAACACGGAGGUGAUGGAAGUUGAGAAUGUGGAUGACGGCACCGCUGACUUCCAUAGUAGUGGCCACAUUGUUGUCAAUGGAUGGAAGAUACAUAACACAGCAAAAAAUAAGUGGUUUGUGUGUAUGGCAAAAACGCCCGAAGAGAAGCAUGAAUGGUUUGAAGCUAUUUUGAAAGAAAGAGAACGACGAAAAGGUUUAAAAUUAGGAAUGGAGCAAGAUACCUGGGUGAUGAUCUCUGAACAGGGCGAGAAACUUUAUAAAAUGAUGUGCAAAGAAGGAAAUCUGAUCAAAGAUAGAAAAAGGAAAUUGACAACGUUUCCUAAAUGCUUUCUUGGAAGUGAAUUUGUGUCCUGGUUGUUGGAAAUUGGCGAGAUUCACCAGCCUGAGGAGGGCGUUCACUUGGGACAGGCAUUAUUAGAAAACGGAAUCAUCCACCAUGUUACUGAUAAACACCAGUUCAAACCAGAACAGAUGUUGUAUAGGUUUCGUUAUGAUGAUGGAACAUUUUAUCCAAGAAAUGAGAUGCAAGAUGUGAUUUCAAAGGGUGUAAGAUUAUAUUGCCGUCUUCACAGUCUGUUUACUCCAGUGAUAAGAGAUAAAGAUUACCACUUAAGGACCUACAAAUCUGUGGUUAUGGCCAACAAACUGAUAGAUUGGUUAAUCGCACAGGGGGAUUGCCGCACCAGGGAAGAGGCGAUGAUAUUUGGCGUUGGGCUCUGUGACAAUGGAUUCAUGCACCACGUCCUUGAAAAAAGUGAGUUCAAAGAUGAACCCCUCCUUUUCCGUUUUUUUGCUGAUGAAGAAAUGGAAGGAUCAAAUAUGAAGCAUCGACUAAUGAAACAUGAUCUAAAAGUUGUAGAAAAUGUUAUAGCUAAAUCUUUAUUGAUCAAAUCUAAUGAAGGCAGCUAUGGCUUUGGGUUAGAGGACAAAAAUAAAGUUCCAAUAAUAAAGUUGGUAGAAAAGGGUUCUAAUGCAGAGAUGGCUGGUAUGGAAGUUGGAAAAAAGAUUUUUGCUAUUAAUGGUGACCUAGUUUUCAUGAGACCUUUUAGUGAAGUGGAUUGUUUCCUGAAAUCAUGUUUAAACAGCAGAAAGCCUCUCAGAGUUCUCGUGAGCACAAAACCAAGAGAGACAGUGAAAAUCCCCGAUUCAGCAGAUGGACUUGGAUUCCAGAUCCGGGGAUUUGGCCCAUCGGUAGUGCAUGCGGUGGGAAGAGGAACUGUGGCUGCAGCAGCAGGUCUUCACCCUGGACAGUGUAUUAUCAAGGUAAAUGGAAUCAACGUCAGCAAAGAGACACACGCCAGUGUCAUUGCCCACGUGACUGCCUGCAGGAAAUACAGGCGGCCAAUGAAGCAAGAUUCCAUACAAUGGGUUUAUAACAGCAUCGAAAGUGCUCAAGAAGACCUUCAAAAAUCCAACUCCAAACCCCCAGGAGAUGAAGCAGGAGAUGCUUUUGACUGCAAAGUAGAAGAGGUAAUCGACAAGUUUAACACCAUGGCCAUCAUCGACGGGAAGAAGGAGCACGUGAGCCUGACGGUGGAUAACGUGCACCUGGAGUAUGGGGUGGUGUAUGAGUAUGACAGCACGGCUGGGAUAAAGUGCAAUGUGGUGGAGAAGAUGAUCGAGCCCAAGGGUUUCUUCAGCCUAACUGCCAAGAUUCUUGAAGCCCUGGCUAAAAGUGAUGAUCAUUUUGUACAAAACUGUAUGAACCUGAACUCUUUAAAUGAAGUGAUUCCUACUGACCUUCAGAAUAAAUUCAGUGCCAUGUGCAGUGAAAAAGUUGAGCACAUAUGUCAGAGAAUCUCUAGCUAUAAAAAGUUUUCUCGUGUUCUGAGGAAUAGAGCCUGGCCCACUUUUAAACAGGCCAAAUCGAAAAUCUCCCCUUUGCACAGCAGUGAUUUCUGCCCUACCAACUGCCACGUCAAUGUGAUGGAAGUUUCUUAUCCCAAAACAUCCACCUCCCUGGGGAGUGCAUUUGGUGUUCAGUUGGACAGCAGGAAGCAUAAUUCUCAUGAUAAAGAGAAUAAAUCUGAGCAAGGGAAACUGAGUCCCAUGGUGUAUAUUCAGCACACCAUCACCACCAUGGCAGCCCCUUCAGGUCUGUCUCUGGGUCAGCAAGACGCGCAUGGGCUCCGGUAUUUGUUAAAAGAAGAAGACCUAGAAACCCAAGAUAUCUAUCAGAAACUGUUGGGCAAACUUCAGGCUGCACUGAAAGAGGUGGAGAUGUGUGUGUGUCAAAUAGACGACCUUCUGUCUUCAAUAACGUAUUCUCCUAAAUUAGAACGUAAGACAUCAGAGUCCAUAAUACCAACAGACAGUGACAAUGAGAAGGGAGAAAGAAACAGCAAAAGAGUCUGCUUUAAUGUAGCAGGAGAUGAACAGGAAGAUUCAGGUCAUGACACCAUCAGCAACAGAGACUCUUACAGUGACUGCAACAGCAACCGGAACUCCGUUGCCUCCUUCACCAGUGUUUGCAGCAGCCAGUGCAGCUCCUAUUUCCACAGCGAUGAGAUGGACUCAGGUGAUGAACUUCCCCUGAGUGUUCGCAUUUCUCAUGAUAAACAGGACAAGAUACACAGCUGUCUUGAGCAUCUUUUCAGCCAGGUGGAUUCAAUCACCAAUCUCCUGAAGGGGAAAGCUGUAGUGAGGGCCUUUGAGCAAACCAAGUACCUCACACCAGGUCGAGGAUUACCAGAAUUUCAGCAGGAAAUGGAACCUAAGCUGAGCUGUCCAAAAAGGUUAAGGCUUCACAUCAAGCAGGAUCCUUGGAAUCUUCCCAGCAGUGUCCGGAAUCUUGCCCAGAACAUCAGAAAAUUAGUUGAAGAGGUAAAGUGUAGAAUACUCCUGGCUCUUCUUGAAUAUUCAGACAGUGAAACACAACUCCGAAGAGACAUGGUUUUCUGCCAAAGUCUUGUGGCCACCGUCUGUGCCUUCUCUGAGCAGCUCAUGGCGGCCUUAAACCAGAUGUUUGACAACAGCAAAGAAAAUGAGAUGGAAACUUGGGAGGCCAGCAGAAGGUGGCUGGAGCAGAUAGCCAAUGCUGGCGUUCUCUUUCACUUUCAGUCACUGCUGUCACCCAACCUGACAGAUGAACAAGCCAUGCUGGAAGAUACACUGGUUGCACUAUUUGAUUUGGAGAAGGUUUCUUUUCACUUUAAACCAUCAGAAGAAGAACCAUUGGUUGCAAAUGUUCCUCUUACGUAUCAAGCAGAAGGAGGCCGACAAGCUCUGAAAGUUUAUUUCUCCAUUGAUAGUUAUCAUUUUGAACAACUGCCUCAACGGUUGAAAAAUGGAGGAGGGUUUAAAAUUCAUCCUGUUCUUUUUGCACAAGCACUGGAGAGCAUGGAAGGAUAUUAUUAUAGAGACAGUGUUUCAGUGGAAGAAUUUCAAGCCCAAAUAAACGCAGCCUCAUUGGAAAAGGUCAAACAGUACAACCAGAAGCUCAGGGCAUUCUAUUUGGACAAGUCAAAUUCACCCCCAGACUCCACAUCUAAAGCUGCCUAUGUAGAUAAGUUAAUGAGGCCUCUCAAUGCUUUGGAUGAGCUCUACAGACUGGUAGCUUCGUUUAUCAGAUCCAAGCGCACAGCGGCCUGCGCGAACACAGCCUGCAGCGCCUCAGGGGUGGGGCUGCUGUCCGUGUCCUCAGAGCUGUGCGACCGGCUGGGCGCCUGCCACAUCAUCAUGUGCAACAGCGGCGUGCACCGGUGCACCCUGAGCGUGACGUUGGAGCAGGCCAUCAUCCUGGCCAGAAGCCAUGGGCUGCCCCCUCGCUACAUCAUGCAGGCUACGGAUGUGAUGCGGAAGCAGGGAGCAAGAGUUCAGAACACAGCAAAGAAUUUGGGAGUCAGAGAUCGGACCCCACAGUCUGCUCCGAGAUUGUACAAGCUGUGUGAGCCACCUCCUCCAGUUGGAGAAGAAUGAAGAACAUUCCGAAGGGACCAGGAAAGCAGAAGCUCCUGAACACUGGACCCAGCAAAGGAAGCAUUGGCUAAAAAUAUUCUCCACUCAAGAUAAUGAAAUGAUUUUUUUUUUCUGUAAAUCUUCUACAUGAUGUAAAUAACUGUCAGUGUAUACUUGGAUAUUUAUGCCGGAAGUGGAAGAGAGUUCAUCCAAACAAUUCAGCUUUGCAAAUUGUUCUCUGUGUAUUGAUAUUAAAUAUUCAUUUUUAGAGUAAAAUUCAUUCCUGGAAUUUAGAGAAAAAAACUUAUAGAAAAUAACCAUCGUGUCCUCUUCCCCAUUUAUUAAAAAGAUUUUAUUGUGUUUGUUUUCAUUUUCUCCAAAUGGGAUGAUGUAAUAAUGGAUAUUUUCACCUGAAGAAGUCUGUCACUAAAGAAACAUGGCCACACUUUCCAAAUCAUUAUUCAAAAAUGUUAAGGACACUAUAGACUCGGUGUCAUCAGUUUUAAUCUUUCGCAUCAGAGAAAGUAAAUUUAACUGGGAAAGGUGCAAGAGCCUUCUUUACUCCUUCUCCCAAGGAUUUAUUUAACUCUCAGUAGAGGAUAAGAGCUGAUUGAGGCCUCUAGCAAAACCUUUCCAAUGCUUUCCGAUAUCUUUUAUGCUCAUGGACAAUUCCAGGGAGCAGGGCUGUCUCUGCAAUGGGCCGUCCAUCCUGGGGCCCACAACAUUGGUGGCCACAGGGUGGGGACAGACAGGGUUUGGGAAGACAAGGGUGAAGAGGAGAAAAAAUAAGCCUAUUUUACAGCCUUUAAUUUAGAAGGAAACCUUAAACUCUUAAUUUUUUUAAGACUUUAAUAUAAGAUACCAGAACUCUUAAGAGAGUACACCAUAAUGAGUAUGUUUGUAUCAAGACAAUGUUUAAGAAUAUGAAAAUAAAGCUCUGUGUGUUGUAUUUUUAAAGUAUUAUUUGGGACCUUGAUUUGUGGGAGCACAGAUGUAUAUCAUCUUCAUUCAAAGGUAUACCGAAGGUUUAUCAUUUUUUUUUAUGUUGAUAAAAUAGCAUCAUUAUUAGCAUAGUGAAUACAGUAAUAUUGAUUUUUAAAUCCAUAAUUUUCAAAACAAUUAAAACACCCGUAUCGUAAUUGUGACAAUUAUAUGGAUUUAGAUUAAUAUGGUAUGUGAAAUGCUUUUCAUAGCUAAAGUAUAUGCAAAGAAAAUAAGUCUCCACUAUAAAAUUUUAAUUUAUGAAAUUUGUUAAUGGUUUUCAAACUAUCAUUAAAAGACUUCAUCACUAACAGUUGGAGAUUGAAUGCAACAUACCAUUAUAUAUGUAUGAGAUGUUUAUAUACUCUGGGCAAGGUAAUAAUAUUUGGCACAGAAACACUUCAGACUUUUGCGAUAAGUCCAAAUUUAUAAUUUUAAAAAAGGAAGCCAACAUCAGAAUUUUCAAAGAUACCUCUUAAAUUUGUAUGAAAAGUUGAGCAUUUUGAAUUUAAUGAAGACGUGAUUUUAACAUAAUAUCUAUAUUAAGUAUAUCCUUAACAUUCAGGGAUUUGACAGUUGAUAUGUAUCGGCAAGUGCUCCUGUAGUUCCCUGAUACGUAGUAAUUUGUGCUUCUCCUGCACUGAAAAUUUGAUUACUUUCAACACAGAGCUGUUGAGUGAGCACAACUGAUGAACUAGCAGGUACUUUUCCAACUGGCCUUAUUGUUUUCUGAUCGCCAUCCGGUCGCAGUAAUCCUCAUUGUAGGCAUGAAGGGGUCACUUAUACAUUUCAGUCUUACUUUGCUAUGUUUCAUGGAAAAAUGAGCUAUUGUGACAUUUAUAAAUUAGCAUAUUGCUAAGGAUCUAUUCAAGAUUUAAUAGAAUGUGUUUAACAUUAUUUUAAGGGUUAGAAUUAAUAUGUGUACCUCCUACCAGAGUGCUUGGCAUGUGCUAAGUGCUCAUAGGUUAGCAAUGAUUUAUAUAAACAAUAGUCCCUGUAUCUUUGGGAAUUAUAAUGGAAAUUGUAGCUAACAGUUGUUAAGUGAUUACUAUGUGCCAAGUAAUCCUUCAGGAUGCUUAACCUGUAUUUUGUUAUAUUGCUUUACUUAAUCCCCAAAACAAUGAUUUGAGUGGGAUUUUUAUUUUCUCCCUCAGUUGAGGAACUGAACCAAGAAUGGCUCAGUAAGUUGUCAUACCCACAAUACUAGCAAGUGGUAGAACCAGGAAUUGAACCCAGGAAGUCUGCCCUCUUAAUCAGUUUAUUAUGCUGCUCCUCCUUAUUACUGUAGGAGUUAUUAUAAUAUUACCAAUUAUUGAUUAGUAAAGUUGGAGUUACGAGGCUUGUGUUGCCAUUAAAUUAAACUUAUUAUAUUGAGAACAACAGUGAAUGGAAAUAUGUAAAAUGCCUUUUAUAUGAAAAUCAUAGGAUUUCUUGAACAUUUUCUGAUACUGAAUACACCUUUCGAGGUAACUCAACACCAUUGCAAUGUAAGAGAUAUUUUAUAGCAUGUUCCUCAUCACUGAAGAUGACAGUUUUAGAUAUUGAAAGUCUGGAUAUAAACCAUCACUUAAAACUCGACUAUUCCAGAACAGUGGUAACUGUAAAAAUGUCUAAUGAAUGAGUGAUACAGGAGAUGUUUUUCAAGAGCAUAAUAUACCUCUUGUCAGGACCUUGGAUAUUUAGCUGGCAUCGAGUUUUUUUAAUUUGUUUACCUAAAUGCUCACAUACUCCUCUACAACCAGUGUACCUUCAAACAUAAAAAGUUUGCUAACAGUUCCUCCAAGGCCUGUAUGUGGACAUCUGCCUCUCUCCACCUUUAAGGGAAGGCCAUCCAUAGAGAGAGGAAAAUUUGGUUCUUAACACAGGACCUGACUCAAAAAUAAUUAACUAGUAAUUUAUAGUCAAUGUAUCUUAAACAUUGCAUCAUAUCUUACAGUUAUUUUUAGAGUAUUUUCCCCAAACAUUAUAAAAUCAUGAGCAAUUUGAGGAAACUAGAAUUUUACAUCUAUUUCUAUUAUUAUUAGAAAGGAAGAAAGGAAAAUAUUUCUAUGCUAGUUUUACUUAUAUUCGAUACAUAGUGUUGAAUUUCAGUGUAAAUUUUAUUUUAUGGACCAAUAUUCCAAUCUUAGAAGUCUCAUACAAUUUUCUAUUUAAGACAUAUUUUUCCAGAGGCCCUGGAGCCCUGUGUGUUCAUUGUCCACUCUUCUAGCAACAAUUCAAAAUUAGGUCAAUUUCUUAUUAUACUAUAAUAUAUAUGGCAUUGAAAUGACAUUGAUUCUGACUCUAUUAAUUUAAAUUUUGUGUUUAAAAAUUCAGAAUUUAAAACAUGAAGUUGACCUUGGUACUAACUUUAAAAGCCAAGAAAAUGAAUAAGUAGACAAAGCCUAAGGGUAUAUUAACUAACUUAAGAAAACGAUUUCCAACCUUAUGGGCACAUACCUUGUAUAUGCAAAAUUAGUUCUUUAUUGAUUUGGAAGCAUUUGGUUGAGAGUUAGUUACUCUAUGUAUUUAAAGCUAAUAAAUUUGUAGUUAAAAUACCACAGCAUUUGUACUUCCAUUAGUUCAAAAUAGAUCUUUUGCUACCUAAACAUGAUUUAAUGAAGAUUAGUGGAUAUAUUUUUAAUCACUUGUAACUUUGAAAAAAUAUAAUUUUGAAAUUUAAAAUGAACAUCCUUAUUUUAAAAGUCACUUUUAGAAUUUCUUCACUAGUAAUAUUUACUAAUAUUGAAAUUAACCUUUAGUAUUUUACUCAGUAUUGUUUCUGGAUUUUUUUGAAACUUUAAUUUUUAAAGACUUAGUUUCAAGCAAAUUAUCUUACUAAAUUAUAGUUUAAAACAUUUCAAAGGCUGGCUGUGCUUGUUUCAUUAACAUGCAUACAUAUUAAUGAUUUUGCCAAGUCAAUUGUCAGUUCUCAAUGCUUCGUUAAGUACAAGAGUAAAAGCUUUUCAAAUGGUUUAAGCUGAUAUGAAUUUUGAUAAAGAAUAAUAUAUUCUGUAUUCUGUCAAGUUUUUGAAGUUUUGGUGAUGAACCUCAGAAAAGCUUUGCUCUGCUUGAAGCAGAAUAGGUAGAGAAAAGUUAUGGGAAGAUUCUUGAUCCAAGAAUGGGUCCCAAGCUAAUUCCUUCCACAGAUACUGGCCAUUAUUUUCCUAGGUGCUGCAGUACCAUAAUAGUCAUUACAGUUAAUCUUGGGUUUCAGAAAACUACUACUUUAAAGUUUUUCCUUUAACAGGCAUCUCAACAUUGAUAUUGUUAAGCAUCUGCUGUACAUACAUGGAAGACUUUUAACAAAUGCUUUGUGGGUCCUCUAGCAGUUAUUUAGACACAAGGCCUACUUCACUCAGGAUAGCUUGCUUCUCUCAUUGAUAAGAGAUAUCUCAAGUCUACUAAGCUGUGUGUGUGUGUGUGUGUGUGUGUGUACUUUUUUAUGAUAAUACAGGAAUUACUUAGAUUAUUGUUUUGUAUGAAGAUAUUAAAAAUGGAGUUGUUCAAUGUAUUGCAUGUUUUCACUGUAGACAUCACAGCUGUCUAAACAUGAAGGAACCCGGCCCCGUAGAGCAUCUUUUGAUCACUGGCACUAAGUUUGCUAUUCAAUCUGGAGUCGAUGGACCUGGCUGUGCCAUCUGGAAGAAAUAGCUGGUUAAGAAAUAAGUGUUAAAUUUUUAAAUUAUAUUUCUACUAGAAAUAGCUUUGCAUAAUUCAUCUUUGGUCCAAAUAAAAGAAUAAAUGGUAUACAUUCUUGUAUUCAUUCAACAAAUAUUUUUGAGAUUUCAUGUUGUAGAAGGGUCUGGCCGUAAAUGUUGGGUGUGUUUGGUGCUAAUACCUUCACAGUUUCUUUUGUGUGUUAAUAUUCACUUUUAUCUUUUACUUAAAAGGACAUUAUUUGUAAACACAGACCUAUUCUAAUACCAUGUACCUAUAUAUCCUAUAUGAAACCAAGAAUACUAAGUUGGUGAAAUGCUUUAGAAAUCAUUCAUUUGAAUAUGAAUAUCUAAUGCUUCAAACAAAUUUUAUUAGAGUUUCAGACAAAUAUAUAUUUUUGUAACUGCCAAGUAAAUGAAUAGGACAUAGCUUUUUGCUUUAAAACUAUUUUUAUAAGUAUUCAUUUACACUAUAUUCAUUAUUUUAAAGUGAAAUGUCAAAUUGGUUCUAUAAAUAGUAAUAAUUCUUUUGAAUAUAUCUAUAUUUAACAUAUAACAUCUGAAAUUUAGUGAUAAAUUUCAUCUGAAUGUGUUAUGAUAGUUGUCCCCCCUUGUAAAAUAUACAUGUAACAUAGUUUCAUCCUCUCACUAUUUUGUGUAUGGUUAAAAUGAUCACAGUGCAUUAUGUAUUUUAUAUCAUUUUUGUCUGCAUAAAAGACUGGAAUAAUAACAUUGUAUCAUAAAUGUCAAUAAUAAUAAAAUGAAAUGUAGUUUGACCAUU